AUGCAGUCCUUUCUCUUGAUAUCUUCACUGCUAUAUGUCACACGCGCAGAGAAAAGGUGUUUUGACACUCAAGGCUCAGCUAUUGUAGAUGGCUCUUUUGUGCCUUGUAAUUCCACUGCAGCAGUGAGCGCCUGCUGUGCCACUAACAAAGGACAACCCGAUAUAUGUAUCCAAGGAGGUCUAUGUUACGCAACACAAAGCUCUUAUAGCGGCUAUAUCUAUGGCAAUGGCUGUACCGAUUCGACUGGAAUGGACAGUUCCUGCCCUUAUGCAUGUCCCAUGGCCAAGACCAAUGGAUGGAAAUCGUACAACGUGCUUCCUUGCGCACGGGACAGAUGGUGUUGCCGCCAGGCUUCGGAUCAAUCAAACUGCUGCAACAAUGACACCAUGCUGAUCGACUCUGAUCAAACCUCCUACCUCGGACGCUUCAUCGACAAUGUAAUCCCUGGAACCUCAACCAUCUCCAACGAUUCAAACUCCACCGAUGCAACAACCACAUCGACAGUCACAGCAACCGUCACGGCAACCUCAUCCAGCGAACCAAACUCGACCAACACUACGACCGUCGUGGGUGCAGCCGUUGGAGCUGUUCUAGGUGUCGCUUGCAUAAUCGCACUAGCUGGAUUGCUCUGGAUGAUGAGAAAAGUCAAGACCUUGAAAAAAGAGAUGCAAGCCAUGCAAUCACAUGAGCCAUACUCCAACUCCAGCUCCACCACGCCUAUGGCUCAACACUCAUACAAUGCACCCGUGAGUGAAGCCCCGACGGAACACGCAUAUGAAGCAGACUGGAACAAUGGUAGAUAUGAGAUUGACGGCACAGGAAAGUAA